GCCUCACGCCCCGGAGGGGCUGCACGUGUCCUCGAUCCCGCUCGCGACUUAUGUAACCAUCCGCACGGUGAGUCCGCAGCCUCCGAGCCCCUUCCACCCUCGCUCGCCUCCAUCGACCCCGCGACGCGACCCACGCGCGCUAAUCCACAACGUCGCGAAUCGCGAGCGUUCGCGGAACCGGCCGAUUCAUAUCGACUGAUAAGCUCACCUCCGACCCUCACGUUGUGCAAUAACCGUCAGCUGUGAGGUGACAUAAUCGAUGCAGUAAGCACCGGUGCUCGAUACGACAUACAGCGGAUAUAACGAUUUAAUUAGAUUUUAAAAUUAUAUAAAUCAACAAAUAAAGCGCCUUCAAUUAACCCUAAAAUAUCGUGAUAGGUAGAUUAAGUAAUAAUUACAAUAAGUGAACACAAGUGCCAAGUCGCGUUGUUCGGUGUGCCGCGCGUGUAUCUGUGAAUGCAUUUAGUGAGACAGUCAACAACUGUGACGUUUAUGGGAGCUAAUAAUCGGACUGUUUAUACAUUAUUAUCUAACAUUUGAAGGAUAGGUAUUUCGUGAACAGUCGGUGGUAUUCGGCCAGACUGUGCCCGGUCGGCAAGAUUGAGGUGGUGGCCGGGUGCGGGUGGGGUAGGCGCGCGCGCGUGCGGCCUCUGCACGCGCUGAGCCGCGCGGCCGGCAUGUUGGCAUCGCAGCGCUCGCAGUCGUGCAACGAGGAAGGCGCGUUCUUCGGUGCGCGCGCGCUGCGCCGGCCGCGCGGCAAGGGCAGCGGCAGUCCGCCCUGCUAGGGGUACGCCAUGUCGCUGCGCAGCCUACACCGGAGGCUCUCCUCCGCCAACAACACAUGCGAAGAUGGUGGAGGCGGCGCGGCGACAGGCACGGGCGGGCGUGCGGCGUCGCUGCGACUUGCGAACGGGCGGGUCGCAGCGCAGUCGGCGGAGCAGCUGCCGCACUCGCCCGCGGACUGCAACUCCGUGCGAAUUUCCAUCGACAACACCAACACUUGCUGCACCGACUCGCUCGUCACAGCGCUCGAUGACGAGACCCUACUGCUUGGCGACGCCGAUAUGUCGCUGAAGCAGGGCAGCGGCACCGGCAAGGUCCACUUUGGUGGUUUGGACGAUGUGUCCCUGUACGGCACACCCGUGGAGCCCGCGCCCCCGGCCCCCGACGCCAAGCAGGGUUUCCUGCGCAAUCAGCUGCAGGCCCUCUUCCAACCUACCGACAACAAAUUAGCCAUGAAGCUCUUCGGUUCCAAAAAGGCUCUCAUGAAGGAGCGCAUCAGGCAGAAGGCGGCAGGACAUUGGGUCAUCCAUCCGUGCAGUAGUUUUAGGUUCUACUGGGAUCUAUGUAUGUUAUUGUUACUGGUGGCCAACCUCAUAAUUCUUCCCGUCGCCAUCUCCUUCUUCAACGACGACCUUAGCACUCGAUGGAUAGCGUUUAAUUGUCUAUCGGACACCAUAUUUCUUAUAGAUAUCGUUGUUAAUUUUAGAACAGGAAUAAUGCAGCAAGAUAAUGCAGAACAAGUGAUAUUAGAUCCAAAGUUAAUAGCGAAGCACUAUUUGAGGACAUGGUUCUUCCUUGACCUCAUCUCUAGUAUACCACUAGAUUACAUAUUCCUUAUCUUCAAUCAGGUAAACGAUUUUAGUGAAAGCUUUCAAAUUCUUCACGCCGGUCGUGCCCUAAGGAUACUACGGUUAGCAAAACUUUUAUCGCUGGUUCGACUGCUCAGACUUUCCAGGCUCGUCCGAUAUGUAUCACAAUGGGAGGAAGUAUAUAUCUUGCAGAAUCUUCAAAAAAAGCGCACGGAAAGGAGGGGACGACUCAGCUCCGACGUUGCAAAAAAGAAGGGUGACACCAAAAGCAAUCUGAUCUUUAAGUUCCUCAAUAUGGCAUCGGUGUUCAUGCGGAUAUUUAACCUGAUCUGCAUGAUGUUGUUGAUCGGGCACUGGUCUGGAUGCCUACAAUUUCUCGUUCCAAUGCUGCAAGGAUUUCCCCCUAACUCUUGGGUUGCAAUAAAUGAAUUACAGGAAGCCUUCUGGCUCGAGCAGUACUCUUGGGCACUCUUUAAGGCUAUGUCUCACAUGCUGUGCAUUGGGUAUGGCCGGUUUCCUCCGCAGUCCCUUACAGAUAUGUGGCUCACGAUGCUUUCUAUGAUCUCCGGUGCGACUUGUUACGCUCUUUUCCUCGGUCAUGCCACAAAUCUUAUUCAGAGUCUCGACUCAUCACGCAGACAAUAUCGUGAAAAGGUGAAGCAAGUUGAGGAGUAUAUGGCUUAUAGAAAGCUACCUCGCGAGAUGCGUCAACGCAUCACAGAGUAUUUUGAGCACCGGUAUCAGGGAAAAUUCUUCGACGAGGAAUUGAUUUUAGGCGAAUUAAGCGAAAAAUUGCGAGAAGACGUUAUCAAUUACAAUUGUCGAUCGCUUGUUGCUUCGGUGCCAUUUUUCGCUAAUGCUGACUCCAAUUUUGUGUCAGACGUAGUCACCAAAUUGCGUUAUGAAGUCUUCCAGCCGGGUGACAUUAUCAUAAAAGAGGGUACCAUCGGAAAUAAAAUGUACUUUAUUCAAGAAGGCAUCGUCGAUAUUGUGAUGGCAAAUGGCGAAGUUGCGACCAGUCUCUCUGAUGGAUCGUACUUCGGCGAAAUCUGCCUACUGACCAAUGCCCGGCGAGUUGCUUCCGUCCGCGCCGAAACUUAUUGUAAUCUUUUCUCUUUAUCUGUGGACCAUUUCAACGCAGUACUCGAUCAGUAUCCUUUGAUGCGGCGCACCAUGGAGAGUGUUGCUGCAGAACGGCUGAACAAGAUCGGUAAAAAUCCUAACCUGGUUGCGCAUCGAGAGGAUGACACAACGUCAGAAGGGAACACGAUCAAUGCGGUCGUGAACGCGCUAGCAGCGGAAGCAGAGCACGUGAGCCUAUCGGACGAUAGCGUGGCGCGGCUAUCUGAGCGGUCACUAGGGCUAGCGCUACAGCCGCUGCAGGCAGCGUCAUGCCGUAUGGCGGGUGUGGCUCUACCAGGACUGGGCGUGGCGGCGGCAUUGCCGCGUCCCAAGUCCGAGCACGACUUCAGCUCGGCGCAGGCGCAACAGCCGCCGUUGGCGAGCGCCGCGGCCGCAUUCCACAAGUCGGACGCGGGGAUCGCCCCCUGACGCCGCACGCUGUGCUAGGCCGCGGCCGGGGCCGUGGCGUGUGCCGACCGAUAGCAAUACUAGGCUUAGUGCGAGCGCGCGCGGCGCCUCGCUAGUUGUAGCGUAGACACGAGUAUUAUAGCUGCGACUUCGCCGGGCGCGCGCCCACCGCGCCCGCUGAAUCUCAUUUUGUGAUCUUAUACUUAAUUCUCCUGUGUUAUAAUUUAGGUUAAAUUUUAUAUCAUUGACGCUGUGAGGAAAUGAAUACGCGACGUAUUCCGAUGUAUAGAUAUACCUGUUAUAUAUUGAGAAUGAAACUAUUGAGUCUUUAUAGAGAUACCUUGCCAUUAAAGAAAAAUAAUUAUAUAGACUAGACUGAAAUGUAAAGAUAUCAUAUUUUAUGCUUUGUUGGCGUACGAAAUAGGACUUUAUUGUUGACGGAUGCGAUGCAAUCGUUCUCGUAAAUACGAACGAUAUUGAUAAUUUAUAAUUAUCUCGAUAGUGACGAUAGCGAGGAUUUAUAAAAUAUUAAUUGUUGAUAAUUAUAUAAACUUCGGAGAGUAGAAAGAUAUAGAACCGUUGCGUAGCUGCGCGUUGCCUACGCCGCCUCAGAGCCGAUGGAACGGAUAAGUUAGUGCCAUAAUACUAGCGCGCAGCUCACAACGCGCGGUGUGCGCGCACCGCGCUCUGCACCGGCGACGCACAACACGAUGAACUUCACAAUUCCAUAGCACACGGACGCUUUCUUAAUUUUAAAUUUAAAUAGACUAACGACGGAUAUCAAACGUACCGUUGGUCUCGGUUUCCUAAGUAGAGGUGAAUCAGUAGAGCUUCGAAUCGUUUCUUUAUGUAAAUAUUGUAAUAUUAUCGAGGAUUCGCCUUAGCGUGAUUUGUUUUAUAGAAGUGAUAAGGAGACGCUCGUACGAGCGAUCCAGUCAAUUAUCGCGUGAGCGCGACGCGAGACGUCUCGAUUAUCGAUGCACUACAACACUUCGUACCUUGAUUUAAUUGUAGGUCAAAAUAAUUUAUUAUCGAUAGUGAUCAUUUUGUAGGAGUAAGUAGGCAGAAGCGAUAACGAAUUCGGACGAAUUACGUUUUGUGAUAGAGCAGCAGAGGGCUGCGAGCGCGCUGCCUCGCCGCCGGCUCGGCGAUACUCAAUACAUACAGACGACGUAGAAGUAGCCACAUGCAUGGAUAAUGCUUACACUUCUUUCUAACUUGAGACUUUGUUUCAGUUCUAUAUUUAGCGAUUUUUUUCUGGCAACAGUUAUUGCGAUUAGUGACUAUGCAAGCGCUUCACGAACUUUUGAAAUUUCGUAGCAAUAAAUAGUUGAUCGCAACGAGUAACAUAUCCUACGAUUAGAGUAGAGUAGUCGUUGAGCCGACCGCCGCCGGCGCCGCAUCUUUGGCACGUUUUCAUCGUUGACUAAUUCUUAUAGUGUCAUGACAAUUUGUAAAGAAAAUUUUGCAAAUGUUGACUUUUUAGCCAAAAUAAUUAUAGUUAAUGAAUGACGAACCAAUACGCAGUAGCUUACUUGUAGAUGAAUGCAGCCUAGUUCUCAGUUUUGGCGACUAACACCAAUAGAUACUUUGUACUCGUAAGAUAUUUAUACAAUUGACCUUAACAGAGUGACAUCUGUCAAUUUAUCUACAA